ACGGAUUGCGACAACGAAAUUCGACCCCGGAAGCGGCCUAGUGCGGGUGGCCGAAUUGCUGUCACUCGGCUGACCUUCCUUGUGGGAGCGAUCUCUGUUCCGUAUAGAAGUACGAACACCGCGGACUGCAACCACGUAGUAUAAAGUAAGAACCUGGAAGUCGGCAUCGCAAUCGUAGACUGAGUGUAGGAAGAGAUUGAACAUCAUCCGUCAAACUAUCCUCUCACCCAUCAAUCUCAGAUUCGCCACUGCACGAUAGCACCCUGGUGACUCAAUCGGCAAGCCCCACCACCAAGCGUACAGUGCAGACUCAGCAACACUCAACACCAACACCACGAUGCCUCCAAAGAUUCAUAUUGUUCGCCACGCGCAAGGACAACACAACGCGACUCGCGAUUACAGCAUUCGCGACGCUGUCCUGACCACGAAAGGCAAAGAGCAAUGUCGCACACUCAGCUCGGCAUUUCAGUAUCACGAAGAGAUAGAGACGGUGUUUGCGUCGCCCCUGCGCCGAACGAUCCAGACCGCUGCGCUGAGUUUCGGGCCUGUGCUAUCGCGGAAGGAGGUGCCGUUCGUGCUGUUGCCAGCCUUGCAAGAAGUCAGCAACAUUGGGUGUGACGUUGGAAUUGCAGAUACUGCAGAUGACGUGCAAAAGUUCCUACCAGAACUCUUCCCCGAAGGCGAGAUCGACUUUGAUAUCAGCAAAGUCGACGCCUCUGCGGUGACAGCGGGCUGGAAUUCCAAGCAAGACUAUUGGGCGUAUGAGAAGCGCGCCAUAUCGAAGCGCGCUUCUGAUCUAAGGAACUGGUUGUACCAACGGCCUGAAGCGCAGGUGAUGGUCGUUACUCAUGGCGCAUUCGCACACUUCCUGACUGAGGACUGGGAAGUCGAAGACCCGAUGCUAGGUACCGCGUGGAAGAACUGUGAGCAUCGCGUAUUUGUCUUCACACCAGAAUCGACGGCGGAAGACGCCCACGUGAGCGAGACAUGGGAGAGCAGGCGAAGCAGGGGAGCCCAGGAAGUCGAGACCGACCCGCAUGUAGUGGACGAAUUUCUAAAAACCGCGGCGUAGUCGAGUAGUGUAUGUACAGAGGCCGCGGCCUCGAUAGCUUCCGACAACGGCUGUAGUAUGCCGUUUGUUCGGUUCCAGUGGCGGAAGGGUCCAUGAAGAGAUGGAGCAUCCGAUGCAGUCUGCAGUAACUUGCCCGAGUGUUUUUGCGCUCGUUGCGCGGCAUCCUUGGCCAGUCUCUCCCAAUCUGGAGGACCACGGCUGUUCGGCAAGAGCAGGACAUCCCACGGUGUCCUUUGAGGCUUCUGAGAUCCUGGGGUAAGACCAUAGCUAUCUCCAAGCAAUUCUAUUCAUCCCCCAUAUCAUUGG